GAGUCCCUGGACAUGGAGGCCAUGCUGAGCACCGUGCAGGCCUGGGUGAGCUGCCCGCAGAAGUUCGCCCGCGCCCACGGGGUCACCGUCCGGCCCGACGCCUCGGACACCCACAUCCUCCUCCUGGAAGGCUUCCUGCUCUACAGCUACAAGCCCUUGGUGGACGUCUACAGCCGCCGGUACUUCCUGACCGUCCCCUACGAGGUGUGCAAAGGCCGGAGAAGUACCCGCAACUACACGGUUCCCGAUCCCCCCGGCCUCUUUGACGGCCACGUGUGGCCCAUGUACCAGAAGUAUAGACGGGAGAUGGAAGCCGCCGGUGUAGAAGUGGUCUACCUGGACGGCACGAAGGCCCGAGAGGAGCUCUUCCACCUCGUCCUGGAGGACAUUCAGAACUCCCUGCUGAACCGGCCCCAGGCCUGCGCCCUGGCCCUGGCCAGCCCAGUCCCGCCUCGGGCCCCCGGGCUUGGUGGCGGCCACAGAGAGGGCCAGCCCAACACCCAGUGA